AUGGAGAAUCUUAAUUGGAAGCUCUAUAUUGUGGUCUAUGAGGAAGAUGUCACACUCACUACAACCAUUAGCAUCUCAGUUUCUGUUGGAGCAGUAGUAUUGAUCACAUGUUUGAGUUUGGCAUUUGGUCUCUAUUUGAGUCAUGUCAUUACCAAACCCAUAUCAUUCUUGAGACAACAAUUUGAACUCAUCAAGUACAUGGAUUUAGAUAAUAUUCACCUGAAAAGUUCCGUAUUUUCAGAAAUCAAUCUUAUAUUCUCCAAUCUUGAUACCACUGUGCAUUGGUUGAGAGAAAUCAAAUCCUUUGUUCCAGAAAAUGUCUUUCUCCAACUUCAACAUUUAGAUGCUUAUCAUGAGGAAGAAGAAUCACCACAACAACACUCAACUCCAAUUCAAGCCUCAGACAAGAAAGACGAAAAGCUUCCCUCUCAAGGAGGUAGUGAAGACAAUCUCUCCAACUCGAAUCGAGAGAUAGCCACAAGGACCAGUGCGAGUUCUGCCUCAGAGUUGACGCAAUCUCGAAAGAGUGGAGAUGUUUUGAGAGGAGGAGGUGUUUUCAAAAUGGGUCUCACCAACAAGGAAUGCAGUGUGUUGUACAUUACACUUCCAGAUUACUUGCUUCUCUAUUCACAUGAGGAAAUUAGUAAUUCAUUUCCCAAAAUUAUUUCUGCACUCAGCUCUGUUUCAAAGAUAUUUCAUGGCAAUCUUCAAAUUGUGUCCAAUUCGGAAUUCAAGAUUGUAAUAGAAAGCAAAAGAAAUGCCCAAAAGCCUGUCACCUAUGUCGCUCAAGAAUGUGCCUUAAAAAUAGUUAAAGGUCUUGAAAUUGCGAAUGCAUUGAUGGCUCAACAAUACACACCAUCCUUUUCGUAUUAUAUUGGAGUAGCCACAAGUUCUUCAUUCGUUGGUAAUUUAGGAACGAGUUCAGUUCGUUUUUUCUCAUGUAUUUCUCAAGCAUGUGAAAAUGCAAAGAAUUUGAGUUUCCUUGCAAGUCAAUUGAAGGUCCACAUUUUGAUCGAUGAAAGAACUCAAAAUGAAUGCAGAAAGAGUUUCAUCACAAGACCUGUAGAUCGAAUUCUUUUUGAAAAGAGUGUCUAUUCGUCCAAGACUGUUCCUUCAAUUUCAACUGUUUAUCAUCUUAUUAAGGAAAGUUUCGUCGAGAGUGAUGAAUGGUUGUACGAGUUACAGGCCAAAAACGAAAAUGAGAAUUGCAACAAUCUCCACAGCGUGUUUGACCUUUUCAAGCCAAACCUUUCACAACUUGAAUACGAGGAUGCUUUGACUAGUGCAACCGUCAAACUGGAGUGUUAUCUCUCCAAGAACCCGAACGAUGUUGUCUCUCAAAAGUUGUUGGCUGUACUUGGCCAGUUGACGAGAGUUGAAAUGGCACAAUCCUAUCACUCGAAGGUAACCUCUCAUUCCAUCAUUGUGAGUGGGCUGGAGUAUUAG